AUGUCGAGGUCCGCGUCCCGCGCCGAGGGCAGGACCAUGGCGCCGCACGACGACGAGGAGGAGCCGGUCCAGCCCGCUAAGACGCUCGCCGCGGAGGACGGCUUCAUGUGCGUUGCGCUGUGCAUGCUCUUCCCGGCGGGCUUCUCCAAGAGGAAGCCCGCUGCCACCUUCGCCGGCACCACAACAGCUGGCACUGCCGUGUCGUCGAGCAUGCAGAGGCAGCAGUCGGGCUUGAGGCCUCGCCGCAGCAGCGCGUCUCGGGUGGCGUCGCUGGAGAGGUUCGAGUGCGGGUCGUGGAGCCCUCCUCCUCCGCCACCGCCGCCCGUGGACGCCGUCGACUGCCACGCGACGGAGGUAGCCAAGAUUAGCUGCGCGGACGACGCGGAGGCGCCGGUCAAGAUAGCGUUCGUGUUCGACGGCGAACCACCCGCGGCGACGAGGGGAAUACUGAAGAACUCGGCGUCAUCACGGCUCGACUCGGCCAGGCCGUCGACGUCGUCUCAGAGGCACGUGAGGUUCUCGACGGCGGUGGCGGCGGAUGCGUCGUCGUCGUGCCCAUCGUCGCCGUGCAUCACGCCGCGUCUGGCGAUGGCCAGGGCGGAGUUCCAUGCGUUCUUGGAGGUGCAGAGCGCAUAG